AUGGCAUUAAGGGUAGUCAUCCUGAUUGCUUUGCUAGCAUCUUCAGUCAUUUUAAACUGCAAUGGAAUUGAAGGAGGAAGGUGUCUAUCAGUCUCCACAGAAGAAGAUCUUGAGUUAGAGAGACAACUCAAUAUUCUGAAUAAGCCUGCAGUCAAGAGCAUUAAGACAAAAUAUGGUGAUAUCUAUGACUGUGUUGAUUUCUACAAACAACCAGCUUUUGAUCACCCUUUACUCAAGGAUCACAUUCCAAAGGUGAAACCUAAGUUAUUUUUAAGGGAGACUAUAAAAGAAGUUUCUUCAAGAGUAAAACAUGUAGAUCUUGGGCUUGAGGGAGGAGGCUGUCCAUCAGAAACAGUUCCCAUUAGGAGGACCUCUAAAGAAGAUCUGAUAAGAGCAAAAGCCUUUGCAAAAAGUCAUAGCAGAAAAAUUCAAGUCACUGGCAAAAAGUUUGCAGGCUACCAGACAAAAGCUGAAGGCAAAAAGUACCGUGGAGGCGCAAGUUUUCUGAGUUUAUACAAUCCAUCAGUCUCUCCCAAGCAAUACAGUGAAGCCCUAAUGUGGGUAGAAGGUGGUCGCUCGGAACAAUUAAACCAUGUACAAGUUGGAUGGACUGUGAAUCCUAUGUUAUACGGCGAUCACCAGACCCGAAUGUUUGGGCAUUGGACUGCAGAUGCAUCUCAAAAAACUGGCUGCUUCAAUAACCUAUGUCCAGGUUUUAUUCAAAUUAACAGCAGAAUACCCAUUAGCUCAGUUAUGAGUCCAAUUUCUGUCAUUGGUAAAGAUAUAUAUGUAAUGCAUUUCUAUCUAUUCCAGCAUCAAGUCACUGGAGAUUGGUGGCUAUAUGUUGGACCAAAUGUUACUGAGGUUGGAUUUUGGUCAGGACGUUUAUUCACUAGUAUACACAAUAAUGCAACUGUGGUUGGUUGGAGAGGAGAGGUUUAUGCUCCCCCAAAUGAACCAAGCCCACCAAUGGGGUCUGGUAAAUUUCCAACUGGAGAUAGAGAUCUAAGUAGAUGUGCUUUCUUUGGACAUGUCGGAGUUUAUAUUAAUGGAUCUGAUACUGCUAUAAGUCCCCUUAAAGAUAGUCUUGCAUUCAUCCCAUCAUUAGCUACUAAAUGCUUUCGGGCACAAGAUGUUCCCUAUGUUGAUGAUGACUACAAACAUACUUUCUUUUUUGGGGGACCUGGGGGAGACUGUAAUCUAAGCCAAGACAAGACUUUAGUGAGAAUCAUGGUUCAAACAGCUCUCAUAGGAGACAUCAAUCUCUUCUUCCCUCUAUUCCUACUACCUCUUCUUUUUCUUCUUUACAAGCAUUUCAAAUCUUCCCUAUCCAAAGGUCCAUCUCUUCCACCAGGGCCAUCUCCAUGGCCCAUCAUAGGCAACAUUCACCAAAUGGGAAGGGAGUCCCAUGUUUCAUUCACCCACUUAGCCCAAACCUAUGGCCCACUCAUCUCACUAAGACUUGGUCCCCAGCUUCUUGUGGUUGCAUCAUCACCAGCCACAGCAACUGAGAUACUCAAGGCCCAUGACAAUGUACUCUCAGGCCGCUUCGCACCACAGUCGGCAGCCGACCUUAAGACCAACCCAGAACGCAUGACGAUUGCAUGGGCUCCUGAGUGCAAUGAUCAAUGGAAGAAUCUACGUACCCUUUAUCGGUCUGAGCUGUUCUCAGGCAAGGUGAUUGAGUCUCAGGCAAUUUUGAGGGAGAAGAAGGUGAUGGAGCUGAUAAGUUUUCUGAGUACAAAGGAAGGUGAGGUUGUGAACAUAGGUGAAGUAAUAUUUGCUACUGUUUUUAACAUCUUGAGUAAUCUUUUCCUGUCAAAGGAUUUGGUUAGCUUUGAGGAUGAUGGUAGUGAUGGAGGGAUUAAGCAACUGGUGAAGAGGAUAAUGGUGUUGGCAUCAACUCCUGACUUGGGUGAUUUGUUUCCAAUAUUCAAGAGGUUAGAUAUUCAGAGACUAAACAAAAGGGUGAGGGAGUUGUUUGAGAAGAUCAGUGCUAGGUGGGAGAAUAUCAUCAAAGAAAGAAGAGCAAGAGUUGAUGGUGGUAUUUCAAGCCAACAAGAUUUCUUGGAUGUUCUGAUCAACCAUGGCUUUACUGAUGGUCAGAUCAACAACAUGCUUCAUGAGCUUUUCACUGCUGGUACAGACACAAGUGCGACAACAAUUGAGUGGGCAAUGGCAGAACUGAUGAAAAAUCAAGCGGCCAUGAACAAGGUUCACGAUGAACUUAAAAGGGAGAUGGGAGAUAAUUUUGUAAAAGAGUCUGAUCUACCUCACCUACACUACCUUCAUGCCUGUGUAAAAGAGACACUAAGACUACAUCCUCCAGCACCCUUUCUGCUUCCUCACCGUGCAAUUGAUACAUGCACUGUGAUGACAUACACCAUACCCAAGGACUCUUUAAUAUUCGUAAACGCAUGGGCAAUUGGUCGGGACCCUGCGGCUUGGGAUGAUCCAUUAGCCUUCAAACCAGAGCGGUUCCUUGAAUCUGAUGUUGAAUUCAAGGGUAACCAUUUCCAAUUCAUACCCUUUGGUGCAGGAAGGAGAAUCUGCCCAGGACUACCCAUGGCUUCUAGGCAGAUUCAUUUUAUUCUGGCUUCUCUGAUUCACUCCUUCGAUUGGUCUCUCCCACAAGGCAUGCAUCCAGCCAAUCUAGACACGAAUGACAAGUUUGGAAUAAUGUUAAGGAAGAAACUACCUCUACUUCUCAUUCCUGAAGCAAAACACAGUCAAUAAUCAAUGGAUAGAUGAUUAAUUUUCCUUACAGUGUUGUGAGA